UGUCACCACGCGAGCUGCAAAACGAGUUUUAAGCGCGACAUGAAAGUCGACUCACGUGGAGAGCGCACAAGCGGGUUUGCAUGCUUGCACGUUACAACUGCUUGCAGUAGUCCAACGUAGUGAACACAAGGGCUUGUUUGUGUCGUCGAGCUUGAAAUGCGUCAAACAAGGUCUGCAAGCUCAACGCAAGGACGCCGGAGAAACUGCGACCUGGUCUGCAUUGUGCUGGUGGUCGCGGCCCUGCUGGCACCCGCGACCCACGCCGGCACGCGCGACCGGCCGUGGUGCGAGGGCGGGGCGGCGGUGUGCCGCGGCUCAACCACCCCCGAGUCCCGGUACGAGCACGUGUCGCUCACCAGCGGCAACGGCCUGGUGUACACGUUUGGCGGGCGCAAGGGCGCCUGGCCCGCUGACGUGGCCCCCAGCUCCACCAUUGAGGAGAUGGACAUGCGCAGUCGGUCGCUGCGCACCCAGGCGCUCAGCGGCUGGCAGAACGUGUCGGGCCGCGCCGGACACACCAUGAUCGAGUACCAGGACGCAGCCGGGCGGCGGCACUUGGUGGUGUUUGGCGGCGUCAUGUACGACGCGUCCGCCGCCUCCUCCUCCUCGUCAACAUCGUCAGCGACAGACACAAGUGGCGGCGGCGGCGGCGGCGGCGGCGCUGUGAGCACCGCCAAUCCCGCCGCCAAUGAGACGUUGUUGAACGACGUGGCCAGUGUGGGACUGCAGGACUUUGUGUGGGUGGCGCACAGGCCCACAGGCACGGCGCCCUCGCCGCGCAAGUACGCGUCGGCGGUGCUGUGGGGCACAGAGGUGAUGCUGGUGUACGGCGGCGUGUUGGCCGACGGCUCCACCUCCUCCCAGCUGUGGGCCUACAACAUCACUGAACGCAGGUGGUUGGGGCAGGUCACGCCGCAAACCGCCUCGUACGGCGACUCGCCGCCCGCCCUCCGCUCCGCCGCACUCGCCGUAUCCGGCAGUACACUGCUCGUGUACGGCGGCUACAAAACCGCCGUACUCACGGUUUACGCGCCAUCGCCGCCGUCGCCGCCGCCCAGCCCGCCCGCGCAGACGGGCCCAGGCGGCGGCGGCGGCGGCGCCUCCACGGGGGGUAACGGCAGCAGCACCGCGGGCGGCUCCACGGGUCCCAGCGGCGGCGCCACUGGCGGCGCCGCCGGGAGGCGCAGAGGUCUGGCGGCUGCGGACUCGCCGCCGCCGCCGUCGCCGCCGUCGCCGCCGCCGUCGCCCUCGCCGCCGUCGCCAAAGCCGCCCAGCCCGCCGCAGCCGCCGCCGACCGUGUCACUGUCCCAGUUCCAGUUGAGUCGGGCGCUGUGGGCUGUGGACGUGCGCCUUGCGCCCUGGUCGCCACCCAGCUACGUAGCCACCUGGGUGCGGGCUGGCCUCAGCAUGACCUCGCCGCAGCCGGCCAGCUCCUCCUCCUCCGCCGCCGCCUCUGACGACGUGCUACUGGCGGGUUUUGAGGCAUCGCUGUCCGUGUCGGAGGCGGGGCCGGACACACUGGUGGUGUACGCCGCGGGGGGCUGCAAACCGUCCGGUCUGGAGACCCAGAGCACAUGGCGCUCCUGGUAUGCGCGCUACGCCACCGACCCCGCCUUCAACCUCACCUCCGCCCUCACAGCCUUCACGGAGCAAGUCACCGCCGCCGCGGCCGCCGCCCAGGCCGGCACGGCCGUGCCCUCCCUCUCCCUCUCCCUCACCCUCUCCCGCUCCCGCCUCUUCGUGCACCCCGACCUCAUGACCAGCAGCAGCAGUAGCAGUGGUGGCGGCGGCGGCAGUAGCAGCACCGCCUGGGUCAACGCCGACGGCAGUAGCGUUGACCUGACGACGGGGCAGGUGUCGGCUUUGCCAACCAGUCUGAGCCCCGCGUUCGUGCGGUCGCAGGCGUGGGUGACCAGCGCGGACGGGUCGGGCAUGGUCACGGGCGGGUAUCGGAACGCGGACGCCGGGACGGACGUCGUGGUGACCAGCCGCCGCCUGCAGCUCCGGUGGGGCAGCGGCGGCACGUGGCUGCCCGAUGGCGCCAGCCUCAAGCACGCCUUCUUCGAGACCAGCACUGCCAGCACCGUCAUGACCAGCAUGCUGCCGCUGGCGGUGCCGGAGCAGCCCGUCACUUACGACACGGCUGGUGGGGGUGGGGUUGGAGGUGGGGCCAGCACCAAGACCGGCCUGAUCUUCCUGGGCAAGUACGACACCACCUCAUCCGACCAGCCCGAGGUGUCGGUGGGCCUGGUGGCUGACAGCUCCAGCUACAGCCUCACGCCGCUGUGCACACCCGACCCCGCCAGCGAAUGCUCCUCCGUCUCCGCCGCCUUCACGGGCCCGCUGCGCCCGCCGCGCCGCGAGUGGUACGCCGCCGCGCCGCUGUACGGCACCUUCAACGGCAGCGCGUACGACGGAUCUGGAUCCGGCGCGGCCACGUCGUACAGCAUCUCGGCGCCGCUGGUGCUGGUGUACGGCGGCGUGGCGGUGGUGGGCGGCCCGCCACCGGGCAAACGGCCAGAGAUGAGCAGCGGCGGCGGCGCCUCCAUCUUGCGAACCGCGCUGGUGGGCUGUGACACGCGCGGCCAGGUACCCGCCAGCGACUGGUCCUCCUACAGCACGUGUGCCUGGAACAAGAUCUCUUCCUCCGUCACCCUCAAGACCGCGACCUCCGCGUCCCCCACCGCAAGCUCUGCCGGGAGCACCACUGGCGGCGUCACCCCCGCCCUGACGCCCGGCCGGCGGCGGCGGCAGCUGGCGGCGGCGGCGGCGGCUGGCGCCUCGGGUGUGGCGGCGGACGAGGCGGACAGGCUGGCGGCGGCGGCGGCGGCGGAGGCAGUUCUGGCGGCGGGCGCGGCAGGCACCCCUUCGGGGAGCUCUCUGCGGCCUCGGCAAGUUGGGAUCAGCUCAGAUGUGGAUGUGGAUGUGGAUUACGGUGUUGCCUUUAACGACUAUGACGACACGGGUUUGUCCGCACACCUCGACCAGACGUGCAGCUGCGCCGGCGGCAGCGGCACCGCUGAACCUGGCGGCGGCACCCGGGCUCAGCAGCAGCAGCAGCAGUCCUGGCGGCGGCGGCGUGUGGUGCGGCGGGCGCUGCAGCAGGCCAGCUCCAGCCCCACCCGCACCUACUACGACUCGGCCACCGUUCUGGCGUACCAGGUGGAGGGGUCGCUGCCGCUGGCGGUGCGAGCGAAACGCGGCACCCCCGCCCUGGUGUACGGCGAUGUCCUCAACCUGCGCACCGGCGGCAGCUCCCACUCCCCCGGGCCGCGUGUGGGCGCCAGCCUGUCUGCCCUGUCGGCCCUGGGCGGCGGUGACGGCCGCACGGUGCUGCUGUUCGGCGGCGCCACGUUCAACCAGACGGCGGCCCUGGCCAACGACAACGCAGUCACCACAGACGAGCUGACGCUGGCCGCCGACGUGCACUUCCUGCGCUACUACGUGGGGGGCGACGCCGUGCAGCCCCUGCCGCCCUCCGGCGUGCGCGACUGCCCCCAGGAUUACCCCGCCGCCGCCUCUGCCAGCGGCAGUAGCAGCAGCGGCAGCGGCAGUAGCGCAUGUGUCAGCGCGGCGCCGUUCGUGUGGGACACCGGCAGCGCUGCCCUGCCUGCCACCGCGCCCAUCGCCAUCCCGACGAUCCCCGACCUGCCGACCUCGCUCGCCGCCACCUUCUCCUGCGCCACCAGCCGCGUGGUGCGCGUGGAGGUGGUCGCCAGCAGCAGCCAAAUGGGUGCCGGCCAGGCGGGUGUGCGCAUCACCACGUGGAAUGGCACCGUGCUGCUGCAGGCCGACGGCUUCGGCAGCAGCAGCGGCGGCCCAGCCAUGCCCUCACCGCCGGGCUCCGUGACUGUGGUGGGGACCGUGGAGCUGCCGACCGGCAUCAUGCAGGUGUGGAUGACGGCCGCUGACGGGCUGGGCUGGACGCGCGAUGAGGACGGCAUGGGGCCGGCGGGCGCCUGCUGCGGCGCCGCCAACAAGACAUGCUGUCCGCAGCUGCGGCUCUACUCGGUCGGCUGCAGCGCCUACCUGUCCGGCUUCGGGGCGGGCGAGGCGGUGUGGGACGUGGGCGCCGCCAACCGCCGCUCGCCCGACUACGGCGUGUUUCGGAAGCUAUUCGCCGUCGCCGUCAGCCCCACCGCCGCCACCCUGCCCUCCGGGUCCAGCGCCAGCUACCUGCAGUACCCGCUGGCGCAGCGCGGCUCCUACCUGCACUCCUUUCAGCUGAGGCCGGCGGCGGACUCGCCACUGCCGCCGCCGCGGCACAGGCACGCCGCGGUGUUCGUUAACGACUCCUCGCUCGCCUCCAACUUCGGGCCGCUGGGUGUGCUGCUGGUGUACGGCGGCGCCAGCAGCUACUCGGCAGCUGCCUCCGACCCCGGCACCCGCCUGUCCGACACCUGGGCCUUCUGUCUGACCAACAACAGCUGGGUACAGCUGCGGCCCGCGGGCAGUCCGCUGACGGGCGGCGCCAACAUCUACAACACCUCCUCCUCCAGCCACGGCGCCUACUCCAUGGCCUACGUGCAGGGGGCAAACCAGGUCGCCUUCUCCACGCCCACGGACCUGCUGAUGAUCCCCGUCACCGUCCGGAGCACCGUGGACUCCCGCGGCGCCGGGAGUAGCAGCAGCAGCAGCAGCGGCAGUAGCACAGACGCGGCCAACGCGCAACUUGCGACCAUGGCCAGCGUCACCACCAAGAGCCUGAGCCCGCUGCUGUCGUCCAUGUACGACGGCGAUACGGCGCUGUUGACCAGCAUUGACCUGGUCAACGUGACGUACAACCAACCCCUGGCGGUUACCGCCGCCAUCCUGGUGCAGGGCCGUUUUGCCAAACCUGCCAAGUCGUCGGCGUCUGCCAAGUCGACACGCCUGGGGGCGCGGCUGCUCCGGGAGCUGGGGCAUGCAGGUGUCAUGGGCGUGCGUGCAGCAGGUGGUGAUAAUGGCGAGGAUGAUGAUGCUGGUGCUGAUGAUGGUACAGAUGGAUUCGGCGCUCUUGAUAAAUUGGCGGCGAUUGAGCAGUCGCUUGUUAGCCGCGGCGGCGGAGGCGGAGGCGGUCGUCCUGAUGUCCCAGAGGAGCAGGCGGCGGUUGGCGGCGCCGCCGCCGCCGCCGGCGGCCGGCGGCGGUUGACGCUAGUGUACGACGGCGAACUUGAUGACUUCACCCUGCAUCAUCAUGAGGAGGUGGCGUCAACUGCCGAUUCAGUUGAUGAGAUGGCGGCGCCUGACAGCAACCGCCGCCGCCGGCUGCAACAAACAGACCCGCCAUCGCCUUCGCCGCCGCCUUCGCCGCCAAGCAACCCUGCGCCGCCGCCGUCACCCGCGCCGGCGCCGCCGCCCGCGCCGCCGCCUUUGCCCGCGCCGCCGUCGCCCAGCCCGCCGCCGCCGCCGCUGGUGACGCUGUCGCCUUGGGCGGCGGCGACGGCGGCGGCGGCGUGGGGCGCCGUCAGCAAUGACCAGCUUCUGGCCACCUACCUCGACGGCAUUGCGCUGACGGUUGUGGACUGCGGCGGCAACGACAACGCAAUGAUUGUGCAGCAGCCCGGCGCCGUGUUCCAGAACCUGCUGUUCCGCAACUGCGCCGCCACAGCGGUGGUGGUGGACAGCGGCAGCACCGCCGCCACCGUGCGCUUCGCCAACUGCGUCUUCCUCAACAAUAACGGCACGCGCGGCGGUGCUCUGCGUGUGGCGGCCGGCUCCAACGUGACGCUGGCCGACUGCCUGUUCCUGGGCAACGAGGCGGCCCUCGGCGGCGCGGUGUAUGUGGAGGCGGGCGGGGUGCUGGCGGCAGUCAGCGGCGUGCUGCUAAUGCGCAACGGCAACGGGCCCACCAGCCAGGCCGGCGGCGCGCUCUACGCCGCGGCCGGCAGCUGCAUCACCUCCCUUCGCAGCAGCGCCUUUGACGGCAACGGCAACAUACACGGCCUCGCCAACGGCACCGGCACCGGCGGCGGCCUCAUGCUGCAACAGCCCGCCUGCGCCACCGCCAUCAGCCGCUGCGCCUUUGCGCGGAACGCGGCGGGCACUGGCGCGGGCGUGUCGAUCACCAAUGUUGACUCCAUCCUCACACUCGACAUUUCCAGCUCCAUUUUCGGCAGCAACAACGCCACCACCUACGGCGGCGGCGGCCUGGCGUUGCAGGUCGUCUACGGCGCCGUGAUCCUGAGCAACGUGACAUUCGACGACAACGUCGCCGCGCGGCGCGGCGGCGGCGUGUUCAGCUCCAACGUGCGCCAGGUGAACGCCUCGGACUGCGCCUUCACACGCAACGGCGUGCGGCUGGGCACCGGCGGCGGUUGGUGCGCGGAGAAGGAGGGCGCCAUCCACAUCGACCGCGCCGCCGUACGGGCCAACGGUGCGCUGUACGGCGGCGGUUUCGGUUUCAGCCGCGACCUAACCGUCAACCUAACCGACUCGGUGUUCGAGGGCAACACGGCCACCCAUGGCGGCGCGAUGGAGGCCUCGGCGUGCACGUGGCUGCAGCUCGACCGUUGCAGCUUCCGGAACAACUCGGCCUUGUCGGCGGGCGGCGUUUCCAUCAUGCAAACCAGCUCGGGCGUGCGCCUCAACAACUGCACGUUCACGACCAACUGGCUGCUCAACUCCUCUGCCGGCAUCUCGGCGGGCGAGACGUGCGGCCGUCACGGUGUGGGUGGCGGCGGCGGCGCCUGUUUCGACGUGGCGGCUGACGUGGUGGUCAGCGGCGGCCACUGGGCCAACAACACCGCUACCAAUGGUGGCGCCAUGUGGGUCGCGCAGAAAUGCAACCCCAGCGUCGACGACACGUGCGGUUACGUACGGCUAUACGGCGUGUCGUUGUACGGCAACUUGGCAGACGGCGGCGGUGGCGGCGCGGCGUUUCUGUACGAGGCAGACGACCUGAUUGCGUCCUGUGACCAGUUCCCCAACUCAACCGCCGUGCCUGACCUGCUAACCACCGUGGACGUGUUUGCAUUAGCGGUUCCAGUCUCAACCGUGGCGUCUGCUGACGCCCUGUCUGUCAACAGCACCAGCACUAGCAGCACGAGCACAAAUAGCAGCAGUAGCAGUGGCAGUAGCGGCGGCGCGCUGGGCAGCAACGCAACGGUGCUGAGUGUGUGCGGCGGCGCCUGGUACGGCAAUCGGGCGCAGUACGGCGGCCUCCUGGCGACAACGGCGGCGGCGGUGCGGGUGGUGGAGCCGGCCGGGGCCGUCAAGACAGUUUACCGCAGCAACGACUUGUUGCCUGUUUUGGUGGAGGUGGUGGACGCGUUCGGGCAGCGCAUCACGGGCGGCUCCACGGAGGCCGCUGCCACGCUGGCCGCUGUGGCCGCCAGCACUCAGCCACUGGGCGUCACCACUCAGUCCGCCACCUCGGGACUGGCGGCGUUCGCAUCGCUGCGGGUGCGCGAGGUGCCCGGCAACUACAGCUUCAACAUAUCCGUGUCCGGCACCUUCCACGCGCUGGCUCCGGAGCCGCUGGCGGUGGACGUGCGGCGCUGCUGGGUGGGCGAGGUGGAGAAGGAGGCGGACCUGUGCGUGCCCUGCACCUCGGGCACCUUCUCCUUUCACACCGCUAACUCCACCUGCGACGCCUGCCCCGAGCACGCCGAGUGCGCACCCAACAGCACCCUGGCCGACUCGGGCUUCAUAGUGCUGCACGACGACGGCUACUGGCGCAGCAGCCCCUUCAGCCCACAGGUACUGGAGUGCCCCAACUCGGACGCCUGUGCCUACGACGGCACCAGCAGCGUCGCCGCCGUGCCCUGGGUGAACGGCUCGCGGCAGGAGGUGCUACUGGCGGCGCUGCGCCAGAUCAACUCGCGCGGGCCCUUCGCUGUGUCGCCAAACACGUCGGCGCCGGCGCUGGCGCUGUGGCGCGCCGUGCAGUGCAGCGAGGGCUACGUGGGCAACGUGUGCGGCGGCUGCCUGGAGGGCUACGGCAUCACCGGCGACGCCACCUGCUCCAAAUGCCCCAACAAGUCGCUCAACUCGCUGUAUUUCUUCCUGGUGUCGCUCGUCAAUGUGUUCAUGAUCAUGAUCACUAUCCGGGCCCAGCUGGUGCGCAGCGGCGAUGAGAAGGCGGCGCGCGCCAGGGCCAAGGCCGAGUCACGCGCCGCCUCCAUGACAGUGGCGGCGGCCGCCUCCGCCAUGGCCCGAUCCAUCAGCGCCGCCGCCUCCAAGCAGCAGCAGCAGCAGCAGGGGCAGCAGCAGCAGCUGCAGCAACUGCAGCAGCUGCAGCAGCUGCAGGGGCGCAGAAGUAGUAGUGAUGUGGGCGAUGGCGACGACGAUGACAGUGUUGGUGGGAUGGGCGGUACCGGCAAGGCCGGCGGCGGCCUGCCGCCCGCACGCAAGGAGGACUCGGUGUUGCCGCUGACGGCGGCUGCGGCGGCUGCAGGCCGAGGUCCUGUUGCGGAGGGCAUUCAGGAGGAGGAGGGGGGCGCCACGGAGGAUGCCUCUUCGCACGGGACCGCGCACGGGGCCCACAAGAACACGGUCGGGUUUGCGGUGGGUACGGCGGAUGCUGGUGCUGGCGGCGCCGGCGGCAAGACUGUGGCGGCGGCGGCGGCGGCUGAUGUGUUGCUGGAGGAGCCUGUGAAGGACGAGGAGCUGAUGGACGGCACCCACUCCAUUGUUAUCAAGAUCCUGGUGUCGUACCUGCAGGUUGCUGCCAUUGUGAAGGACGUGGCGGUGGUGUGGCCCUCGCCCGUGGCCUGGCUGCUCAACCUGGGAAACCAGGUCAGCAGCGGUGUGACCACCAUGGUGUCACUGGACUGCUCCCUGCCAAGCAACGCCAUACCCAAGAGCGUGCAAAAGGUGCUCAUCACCUGCUUCGUGCCCUUCAUCCUCAUGGCGCUGUCCGUGCCCACCUGGCUAGCAAUCUACGGGUGGAAGGCUCAGCGCAAGCAGCGGCAGGGCCAGUCACCGCCGCCGGCCGCGCCCUACCUGCGCACUCGGCUCAUCGUGACCGGCAUCACCAUUGUGUUCUUCACCUACCCCGACGUCACGGACGCCCUGCUGGGCAUCUUCGCCUGCCCGCUGCUGGACGACUCGCCCGCGGGCGGCACUCCCUACGCCGACCAGCUGCGGGCGGCGGGCCGGUGGUGGAGCAGCGACUACAACCUGCAGUGCUACACCGGCUCCCACCUGCUGCUGCUGCUGGUGUUCGGGCUGCCGGGCGUGCUGCUGUUCAGCUGCGGCGUGCCGGCCUUCAGCGCCUGGUUCCUCAGGCGCAACACGCAGCUGCUGCGGGACAGGAAGUUCUACCGCGCCUACGGCUUCCUGUACACCGACUACGAGGACCGCUGCUACUUCUGGGAGAGUGUGGUGAUGCUGCGCAAGCUGUGUAUGGUCGUCGUGGUCGUGUUCCUGGGCGUCAUAUCCGUACAGGUUCAGCUGUUGGUGUCGCUGGGCAUCAUCCUCACAGCGCUGGGGCUGCAGGUGGCGUACGACCCGUACCGCUGCCCGCGCAUGGACCUGCUGGAGCGGCUCAGUCUGAUCGGCACCACGCUCAUCAUCUACGUCGCGCUGUUCUUCCUGCUCAACCUGUCCGACGCCACAAGUGUGGCGCUGUCGGUCACACUGGUGGGCCUGAACGGACUCAUCCUGGCCUGGUUCAUUCUGAUCCUGGUCCGGGAGUAUGCACACGGCAUCAUGCACGCCCUGGACGCGGACGGGGACGGCGUGCUGAGCGCGGCGGAUGUUGGACAGGCUCUUGACGGCCUGUCUUCCAAGCAGCCCUGGCUUGCGCGCACGCUGGUGCGUCUGGAUGCCGCGCUGCGCCGCCGGCCCCUCCUGGCGGGAGUCAUAUCGCGGGCCUUCCCCUACGGCGAGACCAAUGACCCCUGGGUGGCGGCGCACCUGGUCUCGGAGGAUUACGACGUGGAUGAGCAUGCGGAGGAGGAGGCGGCGAGGAUGGGGGGCAAGGACGGCGACAAGGGCAAGGGCAAGGGAGGAGGACGCGGCGGCAAAGGGGUGGCAGAUGCGGAUGAGGGGAUGGUGACGGCGGUGGCGGAUAGCGCAUCGCAGCCGGGCGCCUGGUCCAAGAUCCCCAAGCAGCAGCAGCCGCAGGCGGCGUUGGGAGUGCGGGAGGCGGCGGCACUGGGUGGCGGCGGCGGCACUAGUGGUGGCGGCAUCGCUACGGUGGCGGCAGCGGCGGCGGCGCCGACCCCGGCGGCGGUGGCGGCGGCGGCGGCCCACCGUGGAUCCAUGGAUCGCCCCAUUCGUGCUAGCUCCAGCAGCAGCCGCUCACGUGUGGCGCCAGAGCCCAUGCCUGCCGCUACAGCCGCUACAGCCGCUACAGCCGCUACAGCCGCUACAGCCGCCGCCGCCGGCGUCACUGGCGGCAGCGGCAACAGCCGGCCGUUCAGCGGCGGCGCUGGCGCCGCCAGCAGCAGCCGCCGCUCCUCAGCCUGGGAGCACGGCGACAUCGGCGGCGGCGCCGCCACUGCUGUAACCACUGCCGCUAACACCAUUGACGAUGGCGCCGCCAACGGCUCUUCGCCGCCUGCAUCUCGCGUCGCCAGCACGCGCCUGGGGUCGCCCCCUGCCGCUGCAGGCGGCGGCGGCGGUGGGGACGCCAUUGCGGCGUCGCCGAUCCCGCAGCCAGCGGCUCGCGCAGGCAGCGGCAGCGUCAAUGGUGGCGGAAGCCGGCCGAUGUCGCGCCAGCGGCCGCUGGCGGCGGCGGCGCAUGGAACGACGGCGGCCGCUGGAUCCAGUGCAGCGAUUGCGUCGUUUGGAUCCGCUGGCUCGUACACGGCCGCCGCCCUGCCCGGACUGGAUUUGGAUUCCGAUCUGCCCGUGGAGCCCCUGGGGCCGGCCGUGGGCCCAGGGCAGGAGUAAUGCUGCUGUUACGGAAGGAGCCAUGGAGGGCGCCCCAUGCUUUGGCAACUGCCAUAGUGGCAACUGCCACGGUGGCAAGUGCCAUGGUGGCAAGUGCUGCUGUAUUUGGUGCGUCCUGCAAGGCCCCACUAACAGCAUGUCGGGUGGAUGGCGCUCCGACUUCUUCGUGCGUGCGUGCGUGCUACAUAGCCGCGCCUGUGUAGUGUGGCAUAAUAUCCCAACAAUAUUAGCGCUGCUGCCGUUAGAACUUGCGGUAACCUAAGGGCUUGCUGCAUCAUGUGUUCUUAGACGUCGGACCUGCUCAAGCGCUUUGGGGCACUGGUCCCACUUUCAUUGGGUCAUGAAAAACCUGACCCGCGCACGAUCAAAAUUAUGUCUACUGAGGUUGUGACAGCAUGCAUUUCACGCGCACAUGACUAAGGCGCACAAGCGGGCAGAUAGCUGCUACGGCUUUCUUGCUAGAUGGGCACCAUAGUAUCAAUCCGCCAACGACCGGUUGGUUGGGGUCGUGGUGUGGCUCUUGUGUGUGCAAUACAGCGAGGCUUGAUGGAACUGAGGGGUGCGUGUGAGCAUGAUUCUUGAGGAGCAUUGCCGUUAUAACGGGCCUGUGGUUUUGAACGGGUUUCAAUCCAUUCAUGCCCAUUCUUUUGAAGUCGUGCGCACAGCUGCACAGCUGCGUUGCCUAUAGCUACACCUGCACGCUUUGCUUACCGUAUCGCAUCUUAUUUGCAUGGGCGGCUUCUCACAUAUACGCAUGGACAUACUAUCAUCGUAUGCGUGCUUCGGUGCAUUGCAUCUGAAUGGCGGGCUGGGUUAUUGAGCGGGAGUCACACGGUCCCUGCGACCGCUUAUUUGCAUACACACACACACUUCAUAAUCGUCUGCUAAAUGCAACAUGCUUUACUACUUUUUUGUGCAAAGCUGCAUGUAGUUCACAACGGGGGGCCGGAUGUACUGGACGCCGAAUGGGGUACGGUACAUGGCAGCGCGUGGCAUCCGGUGCGGCCUGAAGGAGGUUGAUGGGGCCAACCGGGCUUCGCUCAUGCCCAGGCCUGCGUCCAGAACUGGCGCAUCUGUGACCCUCCAAACGAGUACUGGGGUGCAACUGAAUUAAAAAAUAUAAGGCUUGCGAACCUUCCCAGCGCGUCAGAUACCUUGUCGGAUACCCCUGUUGGGUUCGUUUACGCUUGUACGGCCCUCCCGUGCUGGGGGUCUUGGCGGUGGGUGUAGGGUUCCCUUGAGCCCGAAAGGUCCCCCAUGCCGCCACCCCUGCUCUCAUUGACUCAUUCUUUCGGCCUACAUAAUGGCUUGCUGGUUGUCACAUAUGGAUGUAACCAUAGCGUGGU